GACAAAGCUGGCGAUGGGGACAGCAUGAGAGUGGCGGCGCGGCGGCGGAGCACAGCGAGGCACCGGGGCCGCCGGCCGCUGCGGGGGCGUUCAUGCACCCCUCCCGCACCCGCACGCAGCGCGCCCGCCGCUCCCCGCCCGCUCCGCAGGGACUCGGGGGGCUUUCGCGGGGGGGCUCGGGCUUUUCUCGCUCGGGGCACGGCUUUUUUCCUACCGAGGCUCGGGAGAGAAGAGGGGGAAGAACUUGACAGCGUCUCGGCUCCCCCUCCCUGAUUUUUUUUCUGAUUUUUUAAAAUUCUUCUUAUUUUUUAUUAUUUUUAUUCUCUCUCUCGCUCUUUUUUAUUAUUAUUAUUAUUAUCAUUAUUAUUAUUAUUAUUAUUAUUAUUUUGGUUGGUUGGUUCUGGUUUGGGGGAUUUUUUUUUUUAAUAGUAUUUUUCUUCCCGACGUCUGAAUUUUUGAGACCCCGCCGUGUGCCGGCGCGGGGCUGAUUCCUUUGGUCUGCGUGUUUCCUUCUCGGCGCGGUGAUGAUGGUGCAUUGUGCGGGCUGCGAGAGGCCGAUUUUGGACCGCUUCCUGCUGAACGUCUUGGACAGGGCAUGGCACAUCAAAUGCGUCCAGUGCUGCGAGUGCAAAUGCAACCUGACCGAGAAAUGCUUCUCCAGGGAAGGAAAACUCUACUGCAAGAAUGACUUUUUCAGGAGGUUUGGCACCAAAUGCGCCGGCUGCUCCCAGGGCAUCUCCCCCAGCGACCUAGUCCGGAAAGCCCGGAACAAAGUGUUCCACCUGAACUGUUUCACCUGCAUGGUUUGCAACAAGCAGCUCUCCACGGGCGAGGAACUGUAUAUCAUAGACGAAAACAAAUUUGUUUGCAAAGAGGACUAUUUGAACUCUCCCAGUUUGAAGGAAGGCAGCCUCAACUCAGUGUCCUCAUGUACAGACAGGAGUUUGUCCCCGGAUCUCCAGGACCCCAUGCAGGACGACACCAAGGAGACGGACAAUUCCACCUCCUCAGACAAGGAGACCACCAACAACGAGAACGAGGAGCAGAACUCGGGCACCAAGCGGCGGGGGCCCCGCACCACCAUUAAGGCCAAGCAGCUGGAGACCCUCAAAGCUGCCUUCGCGGCCACUCCCAAGCCCACCCGGCACAUCCGUGAGCAACUGGCUCAGGAGACGGGCCUCAACAUGAGGGUCAUCCAGGUCUGGUUCCAGAACCGCCGGUCCAAGGAGCGCCGGAUGAAGCAGCUGAGCGCACUGGGCGCCCGCCGGCACGCCUUCUUCCGCAGCCCGCGCAGGAUGCGGCCCCUGGGUGGCCGCCUCGAUGAGUCUGAGAUGCUUGGCUCGACGCCCUACACGUACUACGGAGAUUACCAAGGUGAUUACUACGGCCCGGGAGGCAACUAUGACUUUUUCCCCCAUGGGCCCCCCUCCCAGGCCCAGUCCCCGGCCGACCCCAGCUACCUUCAGAACUCAGGACCUGGCUCCACUCCCCUGGGACCCUUGGAGCCCCCCCUUAGCGGACACCACUCCUCAGAAAACCAAAGCAAUAGCGGCUACAGCGGGGCACUCGCGCACCCCAACCCGGAGCUCAGCGAGGCAGCGGUGUGGUAGGGCCGAGGGGGAGGACUCCCCCGCCCUCAGCCCCGGGGCACGGCUCGUCGCGGCCCCAUCGACGGAUAUCGGCCCCCCCGACGCCGCGGCCGCCCUCCGACAUCCGAUUGCAUCCUCCCGCCGCGCCCCCCUCCCCGUGCGGGGACACCGCGCUACCUCCCCGCCCGCCCGCACCGCUCCGCACCGCUCCACACCCCCGUGCUGUUACGAGUGGGGGGGAGGGGCGAAGCGCGCCCGGCCCGGCCCGGAGCUCCCCCCGCCGCGUCGGAACCGCCGCUCUCGGACCAAAGCUGAACUCGCCAGGACACGGGUCCCACCGGUGCGGGGGCUGCCGCGGGGCUCCCCACUCGCUAAUUGCACCCUUUUUAAUUAUCCCCUUCCUCAGCCUCUGUUACGGUGGGGGGAAUGGGGGACAGCAGGACCCUCCCUAAGCCCCCUCCUGGGCCCUUGUUCCCACCGAUCCCGUUUUAUCCCCGAGGAGAAGGUGGUUUUGGACCAGAAUUUUGGUGAUGGAUGAGUGGGGAUGGUGUGCGGAGCUUGGGAAACCCGGGAAGAGGCAGAAAUGGGAAAAACAAACAGAAACAGAGAGAAAACCAGAGAGAACAAAACCCACCCGAGCAGUGCGGCAAUGCAGGAGGGCCGAGCCCCCCCCGGCCCCGCGGUCUGAGGAUGUAUUAUAGUUUUUGCUUCUAGUUUCUUUAUUUUGUAUAAAGGAGAAACAAAUAAAGUAUGUUUUUGUGUUUACUGAUUAUUUAUUGUACUUUUAGUCAUCGGAAGCUCUGAGUUUUUUCUAUUUUGGAGGCUGGGAAAGGGUGGAGGUGAGCAGAAGGAGAGAAGAUAGAGUGGGGUGGGGGGGAAAGGGAAAAAGAGAAUGGAAAAGGAAGACAAAAAGUUGUGUUCUGAGCGCACCGUGGGUUUCCUGUCCCUGCUGCCUCUUGCGGAGGUUGUCAGUGUGACCAGCUCGUGUUGUUUGAUGUGAAUAAAAACCAUUUUAGUUACCUGCUCCGGCACCUGGUCCCUUUCAUUGUGGGGUUUGAGCGAUGAGUGGCGCCAAGUUAAUAUUUAAAAUGCAAAAUCAAGGCAAGAGUGUGCUCCCCCCGCCCCCCCGCCUUGUCUUGCAGUAAAAAGAUAUAAACAGAAUAAAUUACCUUCCCUUGCUGGCUUCUGAGAGCCCCUCUCUCUGACCUGAAUUUUAAGUCCCGGCGUGGCGGUGCUGCCGAGAGCCAGUGAUGGAUGACAGGCAGCCACCUCGCUGCGUAUUUUCCCUGUUCAGCCAAGCGGAGGAAUUUAUCCUUCCUGUGCCAUGAUGAGUGGUAAUGAGGGGCCGCAGCCAAGACGGGGGCACCUGAAGCACUCAGCACAGGGGAAACUGAGGCACAGUACAGCCCUGGUGGGACCCCAGGGCAAUAGGGUGCAUAUGGGUGGUGUGAGGGCUGGUGAGACCCCCUGCUGCUGUCAUUAUGAGGGCUGCGAAACGGAGCACGAGGGCAUGCGCUGCCUGCUAUUGUUAUGAGCAUUGUGUUACUACUGUUCUGCUAAUUGCGGGGUGCACCAACCCACAGCACCCAUCCCAGGCUGCAGGGGGGAAGGGUUGGGGCGAAGUGGGGGCUCUGUGUGAGGCCGGUUUGUAGAAUCUGGGAAGUAAUUUGGUUCUGGACCCAGGAUAAAAAAUUGUGGGAGGAGGUUGGGCUGACUCCUUAUAAUUAAUUGUGUGCUUUAUAAUAAGACUCUCCAGCCUCUGGCGCUCCCUAGAAACAUGUUUUUACAUAAGAUACUGCCCACAGUGGAGCGGUGGGGAUUUGAUUUACGGAGUGGGUCCACCGUGAAGCAUGGCGUGGGCCGACCAGGCCGAGGGGAUUUACUGGGGAAAAGGGAAAAAAAAAAGGUGGGGAGAAGAGG